UUGUAGCGUUCGUGACAUGAACUAGUAUAGAAACAACUUUGAGUACUUUGCUAAUGAAAUUUGAAAUGGAUGAGUACGCAGCAGAAGAAAACUAUUCUAGAAAGAGACCCUACAUGGCUGACCAUGAUGAUAACGAAUCCAAAGGUAGACAAUCAAAACGAAAGAAUUCCCAUAAUAAUGGUGAAUCAGUUCCGCUGUUAAAAAUGCUCGUUCCUAAUUAUGCUGCUGGUGCCAUCAUCGGUAAAGGUGGAGCGAAUAUCGCCGAUAUUCAGAGCCGUUUCGGUGCGACAAUCCGACUUUCACCGAGUGGGGAGUUCUAUCCUGGUACAGAAGAGAGAAUUGUGAUUAUUACUGGCGAAGUUAAUCAGAUCGUGGACAUGAAUAAUUACAUCGUCGACAAAGUGCACGUAGACGCACACGAGGGUGGUGGUGGCAGCCACCGACAUCAGCGAGAUGAAGAACGCGGUCAGAAAGUCAAAAUAGUUGUACCUAACAUGACAGCCGGUUUGGUCAUUGGCCGAGGUGGCGCUACGAUCAAAAGCAUGCAAGAAGAAACCAAAGCGAAAAUCAUGAUCACGGGACGAGACGAAGCGAAAGUUCACGGUGAACGUAUCAUUACCAUAUCGGGAAACACAGAGCAGCGAAUGGAAGCAGCAAGACUUGUCAUAAUAAAAAUUGCAACCGAUUCAGAAAAUAUGUCUAACAAGAACCUGACCUAUUCUGGCAGUGCAAACGGUCUUGGCAAUUACGGCAAUAUGGACAGUGGCAUUCAAGGAAAUUUGUCUGCCCUGGGUUCCAUGCUUGGCAGUAUUCAACAACAUGGUCACAACAACAACCAAAAUCUAUUAGCAGCACUCUCACAAAACCCACUUGCAGCCUUGCAACAAUCAGGACUUGGAUCGCAGUUGGGUCUUGGAGGAAACUCCUCCCUCGGUGCACUUGGCAAUCUGGGAUCUUCCCAGCAAAUAGCUAGUCUGGCUGGUCUCACGCAAAACGCUGGCAGUGUAAUUAGCAGCAUUAAAACCACGGUUACUAUACAGAUGGAGAUUCCUGAUAUAUUGGUUGGCGCAAUUUUAGGAAAGCAGGGGAAAACAGUCCAUGAGUUUAUCCAGUUCAGCGGUGCAAAGAUACAGUUUUCCUCUAAAAAUGACUUUGCUCCCGGUACCACCGACAGGAUUCUGACAAUCCAAGGAGACUUGAAUCAAACUCAAAUUGCAUACUUCCUUAUUAAUCAGAAAAUUAUGCAAGCCGAAAAUGAAUUGGCUAGUGGCUUACAAAGGCGUUAAUUUUUCUUUGUUUUUCCCCGGCAAUUUUAUGGCAAUGUGUACCGUUUGAUUGCCACAAAGUUGCAUAUUUCUUUAGCAAACGCAUUUUAGCAAAGUAUUUUUUACAAGUUUUAUUUGCUGAAACGUGGUUCAUAUUUUUUUUUAUAAUGACAGUUCCAUUUUUUAUAUUUUUUUCGUCAAAAAAGACAGUUUAUAACUUUCAGUCCAUGCUAACAUUUUCAUCGUCACAUGUUGCCGUCACAUGCUUUGGUGACGUUAUAUUGGUGUCAAAGACUUGACCAUCGACGCUGUCCAAAUAACACGACUGACAAAUCAUCGUCAUUUUAUGCCGUCCAGUUUUCACGUCAUUACUCCGAUAAUCAUCAUCAUUAUCAUGCCAGGACGUUUUGGUCACCAAAGCACCACCACAACAACAUCAACCUGCUGUUAAUAAAAGUACAUUUGUAGACUUUCAAACAUUUCCACAACUUUUGUUUUUCCAUGGAUUGUUGUCAUGUUUUAUCAGAAAAGUUGUUUUACAUCCUAACAUGUUUUUGUUGUUCAUUUGUUGCAUAUAUAUUUCUUGUGUAAAAAUUAAAAAAAUUAAUUUUUUUAAUGUUUUUCUUUGUCA